AUGCCCGAAAAGGUCUAUGUCACUUACAACCAGGUGCACAAGCUGUGCCAGCAGUCGGCAGACAGCAUCCUGAAGGAGUUCCACCCCAACCUGAUGAUCGCGAUUGGCGGUGGUGGCUACGUUCCUGCCCGCAUCCUCCGCAAGGCAACCCGAUCUAACGAGAAUCACUUUAGAUCCUUCUUGAAACGCACCGGUGACCCCAACAUCCCCAUCCAGGCAAUCGGUCUGUCUCUCUACGAAGACCUUGGCCGUGGUGACGCGGAGGAAGUCCCCGGUACCAAGGUCACCCGCACACAAUGGCUCGACCUGAGCUCGCUGGAGAUGGCCAACUUGAUCGGCAAGAACAUUCUGAUCGUGGACGAGGUCGAUGACACCCGUACAACCCUGGAGUAUGCCGUGCGCGAGCUGGAGAAGGACGUAGAGCAGGCACAAAAGCAGCUUGGUCGUGAAGGCGAGAAGACAAAUUUCUACAUCUUCGUGCUGCACAACAAGGACAAGCCCAAGAAGGGUGUUCUCCCAUCUGAUAUGUUGGACAGUGGUCGCUACCACGCCGCUGUCACCACCGGUGAUGUGUGGAUCUGUUAUCCAUGGGAGGCCAAGGAUAUCGAUGAGCACGAUGCUCUGGCCAAGACAAACCCUCUAAACUAA